UCCGAGGGCCCGCGGCCGGGUGCCGCUGCCUCUGAGAUGCGGGCAGCUCUGGAGCCCACCUCCUCCACCCCUAGAGGCGAUCAGAGCCCGGGCGCGCCUUGAAGCCGUGCGAGUUCCGCGACUGCACCCCCAUUACCCACUGGUUCCCAAAUGAGGCCAGUGUAGGGGGCUGCACCUGAAAGCCCCUGGAGUGCAUGUUCCUAGCCGCCCAUGAAGCAACCUCUUUGCUUCGGGUCUAACCCUUCCCAGUUUAGAAAUGUGACCCGUCUCUUCGCCGGACAGGGCCGGGCCAUCGGGGGUGGAACCGUUCGGAAAAUCGAAGUCCCCGAGCUUCAGACACUCCACCGCGCGAAGGACAAGACUGGGGACGCAUGACUGCACCCGGGGACCCGCGGCGGCUCUGCAGGCUGGUGCAGGAGGGCCGGCUGUGCGCCCUGCGAGAGGAGCUGCAGCGCGCACGAGGCCGGGCUGGGAAUGCCGGCUGCCCUGGACCGGCCGGGGACACCCUCCUGCACUUGGCCGCCCGCCAUGGGCAACGGGACGUCCUGGCCUACCUGGUCGAGGCCUGGGACAUGGACUUCGAGGCCACCAAUAGAGACUACAAGCGGCCUUUGCAUGAGGCUGCCUCCAUGGGCCACCGGGACUGCGUGCGGUACUUGCUGGGCCGCGGAGCCGCGGUCGACUGCCUAAAGAAGGCCGACUGGACUCCUCUGAUGAUGGCUUGCACAAAGAAGAAUCUCGAGGUGAUCCAGGAACUUGUAGACCACGGUGCAAAUCCACUCCUGAGAAACAAGGAUGGCUGGAACAGUUUCCACAUUGCCAGCCGAGAAGGCGAUCCUCUGGUUCUCCAGUACUUGCUUACAGUUUGCCCAGCUGCCUGGAAGACAGAGAGCAGAAUUAGAAGAACACCUUUGCAUACUGCAGCUAUGCAUGGCUGUUUAGAGGCAGUAAAGGUGCUUCUUCAGAGGUGCCAUUAUGAACCAGACUGCAGAGACAGGUGUGGUGUCACACCAUUUAUGGAUGCAAUUCAGUGUGGUCACAUCACGUUAGCCAGGCUACUCCUCGAAACACACAAGGUUGAUGUUUCAGCAGAGGAUUCUCUGGGGGCCCAGGCUAUCCACAGGGCGGCAGUCACUGGGCAGAACGAAGCCAUCCGAUUCUUGGUCUCUGAACUCGGCACUAACGUUGAUGUGAGAGCAGCAGCCACCCACCUCACAGCGCUUCAUUAUGCAGCUAAGGAAGGACAUGUGAGCACAAUCCAGACGCUCUUAUCCUUGGGUGCUGACAUCAACUCUAAAGAUGAAAAAAAUAGAUCAGCCCUGCACCUGGCCUGCGCAGGGCAGCACAAGGCCUGUGUUGAGUUUCUACUGCAGACUGGCCUGAAGGACUCUCCAGACAGCACGGGGACCCGGGCCCAGCAGCUCACCCAGAGAACAGACAUCCUGCAGUGCUUCGCCUGCCCUGAAAAAGCACCAGGGUGUUUCUGAAAGAAGACAAUAAGAUGCAUGGCUGUUUAUGCUUUGCUUCUCGGGUCAUUAUUGAGGCAGUGAAACCUGCCAGUGGCCACAUGUCCCCCCCACACCCCACCUUCUCCACUUCAGUUGCGAACUCCCAAAAGAUCAGGUGACUGGGUUCUGAGCUUUGUGGCACAAUUCAGAGCUGUAGAGCACAAUCAGAAUCUUUCCAGGCCUAAAUUUCACGUUUUCUCCCAUUAAAAUUAAAUUAGAAAUUAGCUUUGGGUCAUAAAUAUACCUAAAAAUGUAUCUAAGAUAUUUUUUAAACUUUCCUGUUACUUCAGUUAUAGAAUGUGGUGGGUUUUGUUUGUUUUUUUGUAAACCCACAGGCUCUGUUUGCCCUUUCCCAUCAGCCCACCUGAAGCCUGUGACUAUUAAGGAAUGAAACAUUUGACACUGUAACUUUAAAAAUAUGGU